GCUCUUCAUCCCUUGUGACACAACUCACCUGCUGUCAUCCCCCUUCCCUUGUGCGAUCCCGUCUCGAGGUAGUCUGGGUCGUUACACAAUCUUGUAUCCCCUUCAUCUCGCGAAAGGGCCGCCGACGACGCCUACCCGCGGCGGCAUGGCUCGCCCCAGUUCGACGGCGUCCGGUGCCCAUAGCGCGAGAAGCGAACGCCGCCGCAGCCGCCGCCGCCAACCCGCCGCGCCUCCCAUCUCGCCUGCGCGCGACGCGGACGCGGGGACGACAUUGCCAGACUUUCUGCAGCGGGUUCCCGAGGAAAAUAUUAUAUAUUUCAACAUGGAUGGUGAACCGGCCACAGUGUUACGACGAUUUGAAGGUUACAUUGCAAAUGUUCAUGGCUUGAGCUCAAAGCGAGGCAUUCCAAUCAAGACUGACGCGCUCCUGGGCAGAAAGGCUUUUACCACACCAAUAUGUGGCCCGGUCUAUGUUGUUAUGGAAUUCAGUGGCUUAUCAGGUGUGGGUGUCAUCAGACCUGAAGAGUGGUGGUUCCAGGCGUUUUAUGUGGGUAAUAUUGGGUAUGAAUUCAAAACAAAAAAAGGAGAACCAAGAUAUGUCCCUGAUGCUGAAGUUCUUCCUUUCUAUGGUAACCAUCGACAACUUUCUGGCUCAGAUCCAGCUAAUUUGUUAAUUGGUUUGAAUGAACUGAGGAAAGCAUUUAUAGACAUGGUAACUCGCAGAGGCGAAGUCAGCCCCACUUCUCUUGGUGUGCUCGUUUUGUACCUGUGUGAGGGGCCCAAAUUCGUCCCAAUUUGUGAGGCUUUAGAGAGAUCGCUUGUGGACAAUAAGGUGAGCAGAAUUUCAUCAAAGGCAAAACAUGGUGGUGUGUUGAUCCCGAACUACCGUGUCCUGAGCAGAUCAGGCAUGAAGCACUACCACAGCAUUGAAAUUGGAGUCAAUCCGGACCCUAUUGUUCCAAUAUAAGGAAUCCCUGGUUCAGGUUCAAUAGUAUUCAUCCUGGAGACGAUCAGCAUGUUCCAUGUGAAUGCCUUAAGAAAAGACAAGGGUUUUGAAGUUAGGCCUACUGACCUGCGCUCUCAACGCAAAGGUCCGGUGGUCAUGUCACUGUCAGCAUAUUAUUACCAGAAAAGAGGAUUAUCGACUGCAUUAUGUUGGGUCCAAGUGAAAUGCAAUAGCACUGAUGGUCUGAGGGAGCGCUGGGCAGAUGACUGUUAUAGGGAUGAUGGAUGCCUCAAGGGCCAUAUGCAGCUGAUUGGUCAUGAUAGCUCUCCUUUCCACCAAUGUGGUGUAUUGCUUUCCAACAAGAGUUCUGAACCUCCCAAGGGAUCAUUGAUAACCGCUCAUAAGGGUUAUGAGGAAGUCUAUCCAACGCUGAAACCUAUGACAAGUGCAACUGCAAAUAAAAAGAAGAGGAACAUGUCUGACUUCUCAUCAUGGGAACAAGGAGAUUCUGCUGGACGGGAACCACUGAUUGACAGGGAUAGGGCGGGUCGACGCCUAAAGGGGCAGAUGCAGGCACUUCAUCUUGAUAGCCUCCCCUCUCACCAAGGUUACCGACUUCGCCCUCUUGCUCAGCGGUAUGUUGGGAUCACUCCGAGUCCGAGGAAGCCACUGCAGAGGUUUCAGUUGCAGACUGAGAAAGUAAUGGCUGCUGUUGGUAAGCAUCAAGUGCUUAUAUCCAUGCGCUCUCGGAAGGAGAUGAUGAAAAAUGUCCUGUUUAGCAGAAACACUCCCAACAGAUCAUUCAGAACCACUUAUAAAGGUUAUGAGGAAGUCUGUAUGCCAUCGUGGAAACCCAUGACAAAUGCAGCUGCAAAUAAAAUGAAGAGGAAGAUGUCUGACAUCCCACGGUGUGAACAAGGAUCUUCUGCUGGAUGGCAACCACUGAUGGCCAGGGACAGGGAGGGUCGAUGGCUAAAGGGCCAGAGGCAGCUACGAGAUCUUGAUAGCCUCUCCUUCCACCAAGGAAACACGGAGAAUUCUUUGUGGCCCGGAUCUGGCCUUAAUCUCAGAAAUACUGUUACACCAAGGGCUGCCCGGCUGACAAGACUGACCUUGUCAUUUUUUACAAGAGGGAGAUCUGGAUGAGAGUAUUUGCCUCAACUUCUUGAGAAGGGAUCUAGUUUGAUGGCCGAGCACAACACUUCAGAUAUGUACCUCAGAAUCAAGCUUGUUCUGAAACUUGGCAAGGUAGUCCACCGGUGUUGUGAGUACUGCAUGGAGCUACUAGAGUUUCUCUGGACCUGUGUACAACUUCUUUUCGCUUAGUCAAAGUGGACCGAAGAAACAUGAGGCUACCAUGAUGUAUUAGCUAUAACUUGUUACAUGCUGGUAUGGUGUACCUGCUGGUAUGAUGUAUUAGCUAUAACUUGUUAGGGCAUGAACUAUGAGGGCACUACCAUGCUAUUGCCUCACCCCACACCUUUGAACACUAGUCAAACCUUUAAUUAUGUCAUGAAACAAUGCUUGUUGCCCUCCAUUAAUUAUCUCGUCAUCUUUUGUUUGCUA